UUUUUUGUUUCUACUUUUUUCACAUACCGUAUUAUUUGGCAGAAUAAAUAUUUCAGAAAGAUUCAGACUUCAAUUGUUCUGUGUUGUCAAAUUUCAUUAGUGACUAAACUAAUUCGGGGAUGCACCACACCAUUAUGUUAACCUCUGUUCAAAGGAUAGACUAUUUUCAGACACAAUAGAGAAAUAUCAGUGGCAGGCAGAAAUAGGCCUAAACUUUAUUUGGAAAGAGUGAGUUUAUGAAACUAGCCUAUAUAUUCUUUCAUUUGCAUUGAUGGAUUUAUUUCUAAAAUAUUUUCCUUGAACUCACCCCAAUAUGUAGACUUGAAUCCUACCAACUCUUACAUUUGUUUAGCUUAUUUAUAUAUUUUUUAAAGAGGACAUCCUGAAGACUCAGGAGAGGGAAGCAGGAGGUCUUAAGGCAAGUAAAGAAAAGAGAGUGAGCCAGAAAACAGGCCCUGAUAGAUAAUAAUAAUAAUAAUAAAUUUUAUUUAUAAUGCACUUUAUAUUCAAGAAUCUCAGUGCUUCAGAGAAAAAAUAAAAUAAAAAAAACUUUUUUAUUUUUAUUAUUAUAUCAAUAUUAAUAUAAAUAAAUAUAAAGAGAAAAUUCGACUCUCUCUAGCUUUCAAUUAAAUCCUUUUACAUUUGUUAGUUUUACAGUUUUUCUCAGUCGCUUUGGUACAUUUCUCAGAUCAGAAUUGAAAUUUGCAAAGCAGUAAGUGCCUUUCUCAAAACAAUGUGUUCAAAUAGCAAAACACCAUGGAUCAGAAUGACAAGUCCUUGUGUCAAUGUCUACGGAUAAGACAGUCAAAUUGCUUAGUCAUGUUGUCAAUAUAACAGUGUACUCUGGAGGGAUGUUCUGAUGUAAACUAUGGCUAAAGUUUUGAAGACAAUUAUUGUAAAUUGUAAGUUACACCUUAGUGUAUGUGGGAGAUUGAUUGGAGAUUGGACAAGAUUCACAUUUACGCUUUGACUGUUUGUACUUUAAUUUGUUGACAGACCAUGUCAUUGCUAGAAAUGUGAACAUAGGAAAAUCUCCUUAGGGUAAACUGUACAUGCAUUGCUGUAAGAAUUACAGUGCAGUCAUCCUACAACUCCUGACGUUCCUGUCUGUUGGGCUACAAAUUCUCAGACAAUGUAACAUUGUGUUGUGCUCCAGCUAUAUAUAUACUUGCCAGUUCAUGGUUCAGGAGAUGCACCUUUGAGCUAUUCCAGUACUGGUUGAUCGUUGGUUGAUCUACCACUUCACAGAUUUCCCUUCUUUAGGGAAAGUCAAGAUUCAACUGGUAGCAAUUGACCAAUUCAGGACAGAUUUAGAAAAAAGAACAAAAAAAAGAGUCUAAUGCCAGUGUAUAGAAAUGUAUAGAAAUAGGCUUGACAUAUUAUGACAACUUGUUCAACCAUUUUGCAUGUAAAGACUUAUGCAAUGAACUAAUACCUAAAUGUUGUGGGGGUGAGACUAUUCCAUAGAGACCAUUACAAUACAUUUUGAUCAACAUGAUAUAAGCAAUUGAUAAUGUAUGAAAGAGCUUAGAAUUGUACAUAAUCAUGUGCAUGGAUGUACCAAAGCAUUUGCAACGUGUUCAAAUAAAUGAGAAACUGUUUUUUUCAUGUGCACAAGUGGCACACUGAUGUGAAGAUUGAACAGGUAGUUUUGAGAAUUUCAAUUCUGAUCUGAGAAAUGAACCAAAGCGACUGAGAAAAACUGUAAUCCGACUGUACAUUACUUUGAAAGGGUGAACCUCAGUUUCGUGAUUUAGACCUCACUUGACCUCACUCCCGGAGGUCCACGGUGCAAUGUUUUUUUUGACCACUGGGAUGCUGACGGCGUUUCCCGGCAUUUUUUUUCUUCCUUUGGCGGCCCUCAGUGAAAUUUUGGGUUCCUAAAUUGGCCCUCAGUUGUCAAAACUUUGAGAACCCCUGCUCUACUGUAAUAUGAAUUAAAGAACCACUUUAAAGAUGUGAUGAAAAAUCUUCGUCCUAGUGACGUCCCUGCAGCCAUGUAUUAAGGGCUGGUUUCCUAUUCAAAGGCAGCCUGUGGAAAUGCAUGAUUACCCCAGCUCACCUUGGGCCUAUAUAAUUCAUUAAUGCAGCCAUGGGCAAUGCGAUAAGAUGAUCCUCCUGUAGACCUGGUUGUUUUCUUUUCCGUAACCAUUUCAGCGAGCCUCAGAGCCUGACUCAUUACCUGCUAUGGCUGCUAGAGCAACAGAGUAGGAGUAGGUUACCAUGCCAGUGACGUAGCUGAUUGUUGAAAUCCAACAUUGCGGCACCCUGUAAAACGUUCACCGUACAAUUUAAUCCCUUUUAGCAAGUCCAGCCCUUUUUAGCUAUUGUACCAAUGAGAAGGAAGACAAUACAUCUGUUAUAUCAACUAAACUUCAAAUUUCAGUUCAGUUCAUCUUUAAUAUCGUUUUCGUUAUCGUUUCAACUUCAGAUCAGCAACAAUGUUUUUAACCACGUAACUAUGUUAACAGUAGCCGGCUGGAUCGCUUCUGGUCAGUGAAAGCCGUUCGCGUUCUUUCACCCGGGAAUAUCUUGACGCUUAUUGUGACCAAGGAUGUUGAUCCAGUCAAAAUUUUUCAUCUUUGCGACUUGAUUUUGCUCAGAGUAAAGACUGUAUGAUCAGCGUGUUUUUAGUUAGGUUUACCAUAUGAGGAUGGUCCGGUCAGUUGUGCUUUUCUUUAUGUCCACGCUUAUUCCAUUGACUUGUGUCCUACUUAUGUAACAACAUGGAGUGAAUGUUUGUUUCUGCAUACACUGUAAUUAAAACAAGAUGAUUAUGCAGCUUAGAAUAGAUUCAUCAUUGAUAUGUAAUGAAACAAUGCCUCCAAUCAUCAUAAUUUCUGCUCAAUUGUGCAAAGUAAAUGAGAGUACUGUGGACGAUUUUUGAACUGGUUUCUUUGUGGUUCCCAGAGCAACGGUAAUGAGCCGCCGGCAGCAUACGACGCCCAGAGCCCCUUCAUGAGCGAGGCCCAGAGCCCCUUCUGCUUUGAGCCCAGUGUGGACAUGAAACGCUGUCCACUCUGUGAGGUCAUCUUUCCGCCCAACUACGACCAGAGUAAGUUCGAGGAGCAUGUGGAGAGCCACUGGAAGGUCUGCCCCAUGUGCAGCGAACAGUUCCCACUCGACUGCGAGCAGAAGAUCUUCGAGAACCAUGUACUGACGCACUUCGACGGCAACGUGCUUAACUUUGAGUAGACAAUGGUUAAAUCCCAUCUGCUUGGCCUGUAUAUCUUCUCCGCUCAAUCACAUCAACUUCUCUUACCGCAUGUUCUAGUGUGAAGAUCUGCUCUUUAGGACCUUAUAGUAUUUUUGUUUUGUCUGCUGUUAUCUUUGUUAGUUCGAAGGUGGUUUGACAUAAAAAAACGUGAGAUUGUAUCUGACCUUCACUUAUAACCCAGGGCUACUAUAUUCGGCGAUGAGAUGUGCAGAUCUAAAUAGGUUAUUUUUAAUGGUGCCUAAGUUCCUUCAUUUGGGUAUGACUUAAUUAAGAGCUAAGACUGUUCUUCACUUGGUUCUGUCGUAGCUCUAUUUUUUUCACUCGAUUUUACAAAUCAGGAAAAGAGGCAACAUGUGUUUGUUUGCCAAACGUACAUUGGACUCCAUCUAACAAAACUCAAACAACCUCUUCAGAUAGCAGCCUAGUGCACAAUAUGCAGGAGCGGAGAAGGAAUUGCUUGUGUGAUUACAUUAACAAAUUAUUUCAUGUGAUGAAAUCAUAUACUUUGUUUUUUCAUAUAUGUAAACAAUGAUGUUGUUAAAAGCGUUGAUGAUUCAUGUACACUCACAUCGAUUGUCUAUCUUGGUCAACUUCGGAUGUUUGAUUUCAUUAAUUAUUUCAGUAACCGUCUGGAUGAUGCCUUGCAUCUAUUUGGGUCUUUGGUGAAUGCCAGGCUUCUGUUAUUUCUUUCUGUUCUCUUCAGACUUCCAACGAUAACUUAUGUAUUUUAAAAUGUUUGAUUUGUUUUUAGCAAGCUCCAUGUAUUGCUUAUUAAAGAAUAAAGUCUGUUCAAAAGUCAUUGGUUUGUUUUCAAA